GAACCAAAAAGCGGCGAGCACCGGUGCUCCCGAGAGCGCUUCUCAGCGAAGGACCGGGCUCCGCCCCCCCUUCCCUGCGGGUUGCUGUGGAGACGGAGAGAGCUGCGCGGAUGCCGAGAGGCGCCGAGGCUGGGCCUCGGCUGUCGGUCCGGGGAAGGGGCUCACAGAACCAACGCCAAGAUGAUGCUUUCAAGGGCCAAACCUGCUGUAGGCGGGGACCUGCCUCACACAGACAAAAGAAAGAAGAAAGGUAGGAAGAUUCCGAAACUGGAGGAGCUGCUUUCGCAAAGGGAUUUCACUGGAGCGAUUACCCUGUUGGAGUUCAAACGUCAUGUUGGGGAACAAGAAGAGGAUACUAAUUUGUGGAUUGGAUACUGUGCUUUUCACCUGGGUGACUACAAGAGAGCUUUGGAGGAAUAUGAAAACGCAACAAAAGAGGAAAAUUGCAAUCCUGAAGUCUGGGUGAACCUAGCCUGUACCUACUUUUUUCUUGGAAUGUAUAAACAAGCUGAAGCAGCUGGAUUUAAAGCUCCAAAAAGCCGACUUCAAAACCGCCUCCUCUUCCACUUGGCUCAUAAGUUUAAUGAUGAGAAGAAGUUGAUGAACUUUCAUCAGAAUCUUCAAGAUAUCACAGAAGAUCAACUCAGUUUGGCCUCAAUCCACUAUAUGCGAUCUCAUUACCAAGAAGCUAUUGAUAUUUAUAAGCGAAUACUGCUAGAUAACAGGGAAUACCUUGCCCUCAAUGUUUAUGUGGCCCUAUGUUACUACAAGUUGGAUUACUAUGAUGUGUCUCAAGAAGUUCUGGCAGUUUACCUUCAGCAAAUUCCUGAUAGCACCAUCGCACUCAAUCUUAAGGCCUGUAAUCAUUUUCGCCUUUACAACGGCAAAGCAGCUGAGGCAGAACUCAAAAGCUUGAUGGACAACGCUUCUUCUUCCUUUGAAUUUGCUAAAGAACUCAUCAGGCACAAUCUGGUGGUUUUUCGAGGAGGUGAAGGGGCUUUGCAGGUUUUGCCUCCUCUGGUUGAUGUCAUUCCUGAAGCUCGGUUAAACUUAGUGAUUUACUACCUUCGUCAAGAUGAUGUACAAGAAGCUUAUAACUUAAUUAAGGAUUUGGAACCUACUACUCCUCAGGAGUAUAUCCUCAAAGGAGUGGUCAAUGCGGCCCUUGGCCAGGAAAUGGGUUCGAGGGACCAUAUGAAAAUUGCCCAGCAGUUCUUCCAGCUGGUGGGAGGGUCAGCGAGUGAGUGUGAUACAAUACCUGGGAGGCAGUGCAUGGCUUCUUGUUUCUUUCUGCUUAAGCAAUUCGAUGAUGUCUUGAUUUACCUCAACUCAUUUAAGAGUUACUUUUACAAUGAUGACAUCUUUAACUUUAAUUAUGCCCAAGCCAAAGCUGCAACAGGCAAUACCAGCGAGGGUGAAGAGGUUUUCCUUUUAAUCCAAAGUGAGAAGAUGAAAAAUGAUUACAUUUACCUCAGUUGGUUAGCUCGGUGCUAUAUCAUGAACAAGAAACCAAGACUAGCCUGGGAACUUUAUCUCAAGAUGGAAACCUCUGGAGAGUCGUUUAGCCUCUUACAGCUCAUUGCUAAUGACUGCUACAAGAUGGGCCAGUUCUAUUAUUCAGCCAAAGCUUUUGAUGUCUUAGAGAGGCUGGAUCCCAACCCUGAAUAUUGGGAAGGCAAGAGGGGUGCCUGUGUGGGCAUUUUCCAGAUGAUCUUAGCUGGAAGAGAACCCAAAGAGACCCUUCGAGAAGUGCUCCAUUUACUGAGAAGCACAGGUAACACCCAAGUGGAGUACAUCAUCCGGAUCAUGAAGAAAUGGGCCAAAGAAAACAGAGUGCCUAUCUAAAAUAGCUACAGAGUCCUAGGGAACCAGUCACCACUUUGAUGUGAAAUUGGAAAUCAUUUUCCUCUAGUUUAAUGUAAGAUGCAGGGCUCUGUUCUUUGACAUUUCCUUCCUUGCCCUUCAAGCAUCAAGAUCAGUGACUGACUUGCUUAGAACUAGCUUCCUGGCUGAACUAAGCACCAUAGUCCAUGCUAUGGUCCCCAUAUGAUCCAACUAGCAAUAAGACUUUGGACUUGUCUGGUGCCUUUCUUCCAAAAGUACUCAGAGAACUCUUAUAUGAUUUACUGACUUUAAGGAGAAUGGCAUCAUUUUUUUUUAAAUAUUGGCAUUCCAUGAUACUUUCCCCUCGCUGCAAUAACAAAUGCCUUUAAUGCUCAAGAGGCACCAUCAUUCUACAGUCUUCAUCUUGCCCAUCUUGCCCAUCUUAUCCCAUUUUACUAGAAAAUUCCAUAAAGAAUUUUGUAAUGCAUUUCUGAAUCUUGGGAGAGCAGAGGUCAUAAAUAGUGAUAUGAGUCGAAGAGUGGCAGGAAGAUCCCUUAUCAAACUCAUUAAUGGCUAAUGAACUUCAGGGAUUACUCUUUCAGUAAUUCUGAUGAUAAAUAACAUGGUACACUGAAGCAACAGGAGUAUUGCAGUUUUUCAGAAGGUGAGUACCAUAGAAAAAAACCCAUGUGGUAUAUCUACAAAUGUUCAAGAAAUAGUAUACCGAUUGCAUUAGUCACUCCUCCAGUAUAUUUUAGGGAACAAAACAGGCUAGGCAUUGUUUUUUCAUAUAUCUUGUUCAAUAGACCUCAAUUUUGAAAGUAGGGCUGCAAAGAUCAAACAUAUGCAGUGUAGCUGUUAAUUAAUGUAAUGAUAAUAAAGCAUGGAUUGUGCGGAGUCCUUUGAGGAAUCUCCUAAUGGCUGAACUCUGUCCUAAGUCAUAUUCCAGCCCCAUGUUUCUGAGCUCUUGCAACACAAACCUAUUAUACAACUGAGCAGUUUUAGACUGGCAACUGAUGUUCAGAAAAUAGACGUACAUGUUUUUCUGUACCAGAUUACCUUUGUUUCUAUACCAUGCAUUUUGUUUCUAUUAGUGUAAGGUCCGCAGCAUUACAGGUGUAGAAAGUGCAGAGCUGUCCCCUUCCAGCAUGCGAACUGAAAGAAAGUCCUAAUUCCUUGGAGCACUCCAGACAGCUUAGAGAAUUCGCAUCUGCACUGCCUGGGCUGAUACACCUAUGCCCCCAGUGUGCGCCCAGCCCACUGGGCGCACACUGUGGCUGAGGAAGUUAUGCAGAACGGAGCCGGAAACACGGCAGGGGAGCAGUCUAGGAGAGAAGAUGAGGUUCUGCAGGGAGCCUUUGCCUUCUGGAUGGUUGUGAGGGGUUCUUUUAGUUCCUGUCUUUUAUCUUAGACCCAGAUCUAACCCAUUCAGAGCACGGGUCAAAACAAACUGGCCUGAAUAACUGAAUUUUAGAAAACAAAAUCAUAUUUUUUCAUAUGCCAAAAGCUGCUUUGUCAUUACAUUUUCCUACUUUUUCAGUAGUUGGUUCUCAGCAUCUAGGGUACUAGAUGGAUGAGAGCUGGACAGAGCAGGCUUUAAAUUUAGUUAUCUUGUGAUUUUUACUUGCACUCACGUAAAAUAUUUGGAAACAUAAGAGUGGAAAAAGACAGAUGGAACUCCUCAGUGGCUUUUGGCAAUGAAAUUUGUCUUCCAGUUAAUUGCUAUUAUUUUCAAAUUUCCUAGACUUAAUAAGCUUUUACAUUGAUGGUGAUUUACUGUUAAAUGAGUUUUUGUGGAAUUUAACAAUCUAGCUUCUCCCUGCCAUUGUCCUGUCUUUUGAGAAAAGCAGAUACUCCAAAACUAGCAAUUCCUGGAAUUUUAAACUAAUUUCUAAAAAGUUUUUAAUCUAUAGUAUUGAGCCAAAAAAGCAUAGUCUAGUUUAAGAGGGAUACCAUCCAAUUCUGUUAGUAAGGAUAGCUACUUUUAAACUAUUGGCGGGGUCUCAAGAUUGCUUGGCAGUUUUUCUUAUAUGUGAUGAUACAGGAGAGAAGAGGGUACAGGCUUAGGAAUGUAGUGUCAUAUGUACAGUUCAGAACAUCAAUGUACUAUUAAUAGUUGGUAGCAAAUUUUACUUGCAAAUGGAAAAUUUUUAAAAUUAUUUUUGUACUUCAAAAGAAUUAUUAUAUUGUACUGCAAUAUACUCAAAUUAAAGUUUAUUAUUUGGUCUUAUGGUA